CAAAAUCCGACCUAAUGAUACUAGAUUUAGUACAGACAUGUUUGCUUGAAAUCUAUCCCUAAGAAGCUACAAAUAUAGUAUUGACAGGUGCGGAACUUCAUCUCCUCCGAAUCCUCCUUUCCCUUUUCCACUUCAAUCAAAUCAAGCCUCCGACCUCCACCUCUCAUCUCCUCUUUAACAGAUUCUGUUCCCUAAGAGCAAUAGAAAGACAGAUGAGGAGAAAAAGUUGACUCUUUUGUCUCCUCUGUGAUAUUGCCCUCCACUUGGAAGCUCUUGAUGGUGCCCCUAUUCUGAGCCAGUCGAUAAAUUUUUGCGCCAAGGUCUCAUUUUGAUACUUGAUUUCGUCUCUUCAGGGAGAAUCCCCAUCUGAUUAUCUCUCCAAUCUCACAGAUCCAUUAUUUUCGUUUAGAUGUUGUGGAACCAGUAAUACUGUGAUGAAAUUAGGGUUCUGUUCCUCUGGUUGCAGUUUGUUUUAAUCCUAGAAAGGGAUCGUCUUGCGGGACUUCUUGAUUGAUACGAGACUCUUUCGUUUGCACUUUGAUUUAAUAUUUGUGGUUUCAUGGAGAUAUUUCGUUUGGAUUUUCAUAGUUUUCUCAUACGGUGAAUCUCUGUUUGAGAAAAGGUGGGUUUUUUUGGGGGGGGUUCUGGGCUCACUUAAAUUUGCAAGGCAACUGUUUGGUAUAAUUCUUCAAAAAAAGAGUGGAAAGAGUUGCCAAGAUAAAUUUAGUUUUCUUUUCAAUCAAGCAACAUAUGCAGUAAGGAUGGAUGAUGGAGAAGUAGACCUUUCAAGCCACCUCCUGUUGCCAAACCCUGAGAUGACUAACAGCUUUGACGAGUACUUGAGGAACAGUAGGACAUGCACCCACACCCACACCUGUAACCCUCCAGGACCUGCAGCUGCCAUGCAUACCCAUACAUGCUACCACACGCAUAUGCAGGUUUUUGCCACCACUGAUGGAGAGAGGGGAGGAGAAGAAGAGCUGAAGACAUCACGGAAGCCAUUGGGGAACAGAGAGGCUGUUCGGAAGUAUCGGGAAAAGAAGAAGGCCCAAGCAGCUUAUUUGGAGGAGGAGGUUAAGAAAUUGCGCCAUGCGAACCAGCAACUCUUGAGGAGAUUGCAGGGGCAAGCAGCGCUUGAGGCUGAAGUGGUUAGAUUGAGAAGCCUUCUCGUGGAUCUCCGAGCAAAGAUUGAUGCUGAAUUGGGUACCUUCCCUUUCCAGAAGCAAUGCAGUGGUGUUGAUUUAAGGUGCAAUAAUGCCGCACGAUGUUUUGGUGGGAAUGGGGAGGUGGCUGGUUGGGAAGGGAGCUGCGGACCUGCAGUUGUGGAUUGUCAGAUCAAUCCAAAUGGGGAUAUCAGGCAGAACUUGGAGAUUUCUGAAGCUGUGAAUUCGAUGGGUGUUGUGGGGAGUUUGGUAUCAUCUGCUUCCCAAUCUGAGUGAAUUGCUUAGCUGAACUUGCAAGGUUUGAGCUCCUCAGCAUCUUGUUAUUUCCUUGGUUCUCAUAUAAUUUCUGAGCUAUCUUUUGAACUGCUUUGUCACUGGUGUUAAUAGCAUCCGGAGUGAAGAUUUUUCGAUACUAAGUAUAAGAAAUGAUGACAGACUUGUUAUAAGAAUAAUGUUCCACAGAAGGCGCAUGCUUCCUGCCUGUAAUGUGAAUUGGAAGCUUUCUAUGUACAUAAUAAUCUAAUGUCUUUUUUUGGGAUCGAUGUACAUGGUAGUCGUGUAAUAAAAUCUGUUUUUUAGAAA